GUCUGUUUCUAGGUCGCGAGGCAGUCUGGUUGGUUGGCUGGCUGACGGAACCGAGUCGAGCCGGCUGCUGCGCUGCUGCUUCUCCCUCCUCCCUCCGUUCGCGCCAAGCUCCGCCCCAGGAGCGCUGCGCGACGCUGCCGCUGGGAUGCGAGAGGACGGCUGAGGAACGAGGAGCCGCCUCAGCGAAGGGAUUCGUGGCGCCUCUGCGGACAUCGAGUGACUGGUUGAGUGGCUGACUGGCUGACUGAGCGGCACUCGUAGCGGCGCAAGCAGCCCCUUCUCGUCCCUCUCCCCAUCUUCCCCAGCCGCCUUGCUGCCGCUCCCGCCGCCGCCGUCGCCCUGGGGCCGGGCGGGCGACCGGGAAAUCUCGGCGCUUGGAUGCCUGGAGCCCGCGGCAGAGACCCAGCCCCGAGCCCGCCAUGGGCUGCUGCGGGAGCGCCGCCUCGCAGCAAGGGGUCCUCUGCUAGCAGUGGAGGAGUGAGGGUGUGUGUGUUUUUCUCACACACUACCUAUUUAAAAAAACUGUUAAUGUGAGGCGACUGAUCUAUUCAUCCCCUUACCAUCUACGGACUGGAGCCUGCUGUCAAGGCAGAGAUCUUUCUCAGACCUGUUGCUUGAAGUCCUUUUAACUGGAAAUACCAGAGACUGAAGCUGAGACCUUCUGCAUGUAAAGCAUGUAUUCGACCACUGAACUUUUCCUUGGAGCUCCCUCCAGAAUGCUUCUGGUCUUUUCCUACACAACACCUCUUCAUUGCCUAAUUUGUUCUACUGGUCACUUGCUUUAUUUCUGCAAUCUAUGGACAGGAACACAGGGCUUAGGAGAACCCUGGAGUUCUUCAACUCUCCGGAAGGUCAGUUUGCCUAAUUGUACAGAUCUUCCCCUACAAUACAUAUCUGCAGGAGUUAUUGGGAUUGGAACUUGCUUCUGAGUAAACAUGGGUGAGAUUGCACUACAAGAAGAUCACAGCAGGAUCUUGAGUUCCAAGCGAGAGUGGAAGCCUCUGGAGGAUCGCAGCUGCACAGAUAUCCCAUGGCUGUUGCUGUUCAUUCUUUUUUGCAUUGGCAUGGGUCUUAUUUGUGGCUUUUCAAUAGCUACUGGAGCAGCUGCAAGACUGGUUUCAGGAUAUGAUAGUUAUGGAAAUAUCUGUGGACAGAAGAAUGUAAAAGUAGAUGGAAUAGACAACAGUGGCUUAGACCUCACAGAAAAGAAGUAUGUGUUCUUUUUGGAGCCAUGCAAUGUAGAUCUGGUACAACGGAAGAUCAAGUCCAUUGCUCUCUGCGUAUCAGCAUGCCCACAGAAUGAGCUGAAAACGCUGGCUGAUGUUCAGAAAUUUGCAGAUAUUAAUGGUUCUACUUUAUGUAGUUAUGAACUAAAGCCAUCUGAAUACACUACAGAUUCAAGAGCUGCCAAGCUUUGCCCCAAGCUCCCAGUUCCAGACAGUGCACCUAUUCCAUUCUUCCAUCGCUGUGCUCCUGUGAACAUUUCCUGCUAUGCCAAGUUUGCAGAGGCCCUGAUCACCUUUGUCAGUGACAGUAGUGUCUUGCACAGGCUGAUUAGUGGAGUAAUGACCUGCAGAGAGAUUAUAUUGGGACUUUGCUUAUUAUCACUAGUGCUUUCCAUGAUUAUGAUGGUGAUAAUAAGAUAUAUUUCAAGAGUACUUGUUUGGAUCUUAACAAUUCUUGUUGUUCUUGGGUCACUUGGUGGCACAGGAGUAUUGUGGUGGUUAUACGCUACACAGCGGAAGUCUCCCAGAGACACUCUUACUGUUGAUCAGCUUCAAAUAGCCAAAGACAAUCGUCAGGCCCUCCUGAUCUAUGCCAUUGCAGCUACAGUCUUCACAGUUAUCUUAUUGUUGAUAAUGUUAGUUAUGCGCAAGCGAGUGUCUCUCACCAUUGCCUUGUUCCACGUGGCUGGCAAGGUCUUCAUUCACCUGCCACUGCUCGUCUUCCAGCCAUUUUGGACAUUUUUUGCCCUCAUACUCUUCUGGAUAUAUUGGAUUGCGGUCUUGCUCUUCCUAGGUACCACAGGUAGUCCUGUCCCAAAUGAGCAAGGCUUUGUAGAGUUCCGAGUUGCAGGCCCACUGAGGUACAUGUGGUGGUAUCACCUUGUGGGGUUAGUUUGGAUCAGUGAAUUUAUCCUUGCCUGUCAACAGAUGACUGUAGCAGGAGCUGUUGUGACAUAUUACUUUACAAGAGAAAAAAGGAAUCUGCCAUUCACACCUAUUCUGGCAUCUGUCAAUCGCUUGAUCUGUUACCACCUGGGAACUGUGGCUAAAGGGUCUUUCAUUAUUACCUUAGUGAAGAUUCCACGAAUGAUACUAAUGUAUAUUCAUACCCAAGUCAAAGGAAAAGAAAAUGCCUGUGCUCGAUGUAUUUUGAAAGCCUGCAUUUGCUGCCUUUGGUGUUUAGAGAAGUGCCUGAACUACUUAAAUCAGAAUGCAUAUACAGCCACAGCUAUCAACAGCACCAGCUUCUGCACCUCAGCAAAGGAUGCCUUUGUGAUACUAGUGGAGAAUGCUUUGCGAGUAGCUGCCAUAAACACAGUGGGAGAUUUCAUGCUCUUUCUAGGAAAGAUUCUCAUAGUGUGCAGCACGGGCUUGGCAGGGAUCAUGCUGCUGAACUACCAACGAGACUACACAGUGUGGGUGCUGCCGCUCAUCAUUGUCUGCCUGUUUGCGUUCUUGGUCGCUCACUGCUUCCUAUCCAUUUAUGAAAUGGUAGUGGAUGUCCUUUUCUUAUGUUUUGCCAUUGACACUAAGUAUAAUGAUGGCAGCCCUGGGAAGGAGUUCUACAUGGAUAAAGUUCUUAUGGAAUUUGUGGAGAACAGCAGAAAAGCAAUGAAAGAAGCUGGCCGGGGAGGUGGAGCUGAAGGCAGAGAGCUCAAACCAAUGGCCUCUGGAGCAUCUUGAAGCUGGUCAACCAUUAAGGAAACCAUUGACAUUCCAAAACAAUAUCUAUCUUAUCUAGCUAUCUCUCUAUAUAUAUCUAUAUAUAUUAUUUAAAAAAGCAGCCAAAAUCAGAGAAAAGGAACAGGGAUUUAAUACUUUUUUAACGAUUAUUUUUGUGAAACAUGUACUCUUUUCAUACGGGUGGCUUUUACAAGCAACUUUUAUCAUUGUUCCAUUUAAAAAUCUAAUCAUUGUGGCUUGUGGCAAUGUUAUGAUUGUAAUCUGAUGGAGAUAUUCCAUAAAUGGAGAUGGAUUCCAUAAUAUUUAAAAAGGAUCAUGUAAGAUUACAAAUUUGGAAUAACAUAAGUGGGUCAAGUAAUUUCCCCUCAUAGUUAUUUUUAAUUAGCAUAAAUCUUUAAAAUGCAAUGGAUAAUGACUAUUCUGGAGGGGGAAACCCUUCAUAGAUUUUUUUUUAAAGAACUGGAAUGAAUAAUACAUUAAUCAUGUUGGGAGUUUGCUUGCUCUUUUGCAAUGGGAUGCUAAUGGGAUCCAGUAAGUUUAACAUAUUCAGUUUGUUUUCCUCAUUAACCCAUUAGACAAUUUAUAUCUAAAACGUUUUUUUAAAAAACUAACCAACUCCUCAGGUAUUUAGAUAUUGAAACAGCCCCUGAAUCUGUGAAGGACAAACUAAAGGCAUAUGAGGGAGGAUGAGUUUUAUAUGCAACUUUUGUCCUGUGUUAUCUUAUUAUUUCCCCUUGAGUUCAAUUUUGUCCUUUGCACAUCGUCAUUCUUUUGAACUACGCAAAUUCUUUAAAUAAGCAGUUGGAGAAGAGGCUUCUAAAGUUCAGCCUUACAUAUACUCCGUUACUGUUCAGCCAUGACUACAUGGAAAGAUACUUGGGAGUAUACAGAGACAAACCAUAUAACUAUACAAAAAAAUUUAAGUACUGUAAGUCAUUUGUGGGUUUAUUUGUUUUUACUGUUGAAACCAUUUAUUUGUCUUGGUUUUCAUUGUAUGUUUGGUAAUUAGUGGAAUAUGGUGGGAAAGAGCAGAUGAACAUUGUUUUUAAAUGUCUCUGCCUUAGUAUCUAAAGUAGUUCUUGAAGUGGCCUCUGUGCAUGCAUUGCUUAUGGUACCUGAGUGCCACAUGAAUACUUCAGAAACUUCCAGGUAGCACUAUCUGUGUCCUUUUCUACUUUCCUACACUUCAAGAAUGAAGCUAUAAAAAGAAAGGGGCAGUCUGCUAUUUCAGUUAUUGUAGUGGCAAAUUAGAUGUCGUGGUGGCACAACCUGUAUGUUUGAACAUGCCAAGUGCCUAUAAAUUGGGGGGAUAUUUAAAGCAUGGCAUCAGCAUGUGGAAGGGGCUUGAUGAACUCUAACUCCUCCCAUGCUCCCACCCCCCAAAAACCCAGUUUCAUUCCAGAAGUCCCCUGCCCCCCCCCAAAAAUCUUGGACUCUGCCCAGAGAAAAGGGGGUGAGUGAAAAAAGCACUGGGGGAGAAGUGUCCAGUGGCCUCUGCUGCCCACCCAUAUUGCACUUUAAAUCCCCUCCCAUCCCUCCAGUUUACAGGAAGUUGGGACAGCCUCCAUUUUAACACACAGGUCUGCUGCUGUUUAUGUCCAGUUGCUCUUUAGUGUAAAGUGAAAACAUAUGGAAUUCUCUCUUAGGUCUCUUCAUUCAAAGAGUUUAGAACGUUCCAGAUAUUAUCCAAAAUCAGAAGCAAGGAGCCUCCAGCCUGCAGGCCACUGAAUUUGGCCUGUGAUGCCAUUUUGGGCAAACCACACAUACCUGUCAGUCAUUUGAUGGCAUAUGACAUCAGGUGCAGAGAUCUAUAAUCUCCAGUCUGAGCACUAAGUGUUAAGUUCUCUUAGCGCUAAGGGAUCUCUUAUCUCUGUUCUUGGUGAUAAGCAUCACAGCACUAACAUCAGAGAUAUGCCUUGGCUACUGCCUUUUACUGUCAAAGAGCAGGCAGAUGCUUAUCUCUGAUCUUAGCGCUAUGGCUCCACACACUAAGAUCAGACUUUGACAGUAAAAUGCAACAUUUCCACCCAUCUCCAAGAUUCUUUGCAUCCCUAGCUUGAAUUCAAGAAUUUUCCUUUGCAAUCGCAGCUUGAACUUUGAGUCACCUGACAUCAGAUGAUUUGACAGGUGAAUGGCCAGUUGUCAAGAUGGCCCAUGAAGGGCGGGUGAGUUCUGGACCUGGUCCUCCAACUGGAUCCAAUUCCCCACCCCAAUGUAGAUUCUGGAAAGCAUUUCUUAUUCUUUUGGGUUUUGCAAUAAUACAAGUUUUUGAUCAUGUCUGUUUCCUACCAGUGCAAAUAUGUGGAGCCACUUGAUGCUUCAUAAAAGAUUUCAAAAUUGAUCUGACGUCUUCUAUCCUAUGGUAUGUGGAGAUUGAUUUUGAAAGUGGAUUCUAUUGAUGCUGGAGAUAUUCUUGUUCUAAUGUUCUCAAAAGGAAACCUUUUGAACUCUGGGAUCAUUUUCAUUCCACACAAUAGAAGUGAAGCUUAUGUUCUCUGCAGCCCUUUAUUUUGUGUUCCUGAGUUGCUUUCAAAGCAAAGAGUAGGAACCAGUGCUGUUGAUUCCUUAAAAGGUUAAAACCUAUCCUACAUCAGCUAUCUAGGUAAUUGGGAUGUUUUAAGAGAUAGCACUUUAUGUAGAAAAGCUUCUUGUUAGAUGUAUGUCCUAGUUAAGAGUGCAGGGUUCUUGUAGAGGUUGGAAAGAAUUAAGAGCACUUUCUGAAUUCCAUUACAUGGCUUUCACAUACAGCAGAUCAGAUAGUAAGACUGCUUUUGAAUUAUACCACCUUAAGCAGCAAGUGUAGUGUUUAGGUUGCAUGUUUGAAUAUACACCACCUACACAUACAAAAUCACUACAUACAGAAAAGUAUCAUGUUAGACAAGGUUAACACCCUUCUCCUUACAUCUAGUUUUCUUCUGAGCAGAGGUGUUUUUUUUAAAUGGGGAAGCAUUAAACCAUGCUAUUCCUCACCUUGUAGCCUGAAGGAGUACAUUUCCAGAACAGAUUUAGCCCUCUCCUCUGCUAUUUGUGUAUACCAGCCCAUAGAGUGCAAAAAGUGUGGCAAUGGACAGACAUUGCUUCCCAGAAGGUUCCAAAGUUUGACAGGGCUCAAUCCCCAUUAAUGCAAAUGCACAGAGGCCUCUUGAAGAACUUCAUUACUGGUAAGUAGCUUUCAUUUAUCCAGUAAUAAGAAUGUGUCCGUUUCUAUGUGUGUUAAAUUACUUUCUUCAUUCCUGACACUUACUACAUAAUGAAUGCUGAUACUCCAUUGUUUCGCUUAUUGUAAUGGUAAAUGCUUACAGUGCAACUGCAGAGAAUAAUUUCAUGAUCUGUUUAUGUGAUAUAUUCAGUUUUGUUACAAUUUUUUUAAAAGAACUAUUUUUGUUAAUGUAAAAAAUAUUUCAGAGCAGAAUUUUAAACUUUAUUGCACUAAAUGCAAAUGUGGAGAGAGAGAAGUAAUGCCUCAACAGUUGGAUCACUCCUUAAGGGAACCUUAUUUUGAAAAAGAGAGCUAAUGUUCUAGAUAAGCUUAGCUAAAUGGGCGCAGAGACACCCAGGAGAUAUGAAUGGCCUCCAGUGUUUUUAUAAAUGGCUGUUUUGAUUCUGUGCUUCCUUUCAAAGGAUCAGACCUUUUAAAAUUGCUGCUAAAGGAAACAUACAUAGCAUUCUGUAAUUAAUUGGUGGUCUUUGCUGUGUAACUAAAUGCUUCAGUUUCAUUUUUUAUAAAUCAUCUGACAUCAUAAUCUUUUAAAAUACUUGCAAUAAAAUUCAGGACAAGUAAAAAAAGGGGGGCAUAAUCCUUUCUCUAUCAGUCACAGAAAUCAAUCAUGGAAGUACAUUUUAAGACUAGCAAACUAGAUUAGCCUGCGUUCCUGCUAACACUUUAACCCAGUCUGCUUAACUUUUCUGGCAUGACUAAUGCCAUGUAACUUCAUUAGGUUUGUUGACAUGAAUCAUGUUUUGAAUGCAUGUGUGUUAGCAGGAACCAAGGCAUUAGUCUAGGCUUAAACUAGAGCACUGCUUUAAGUCUCUUUUAAUGUAUAUAUUACAUGUUACUGUAAGGAUAUUUAGGAGGAGAAUUAAGAGGAGCCUUAAUUUGUGGGAGGAAGUGAGUGGCUCUGCCCUGGCACUGAACACAGUUUGCUUAAGUCCCUGGGGUAUGACAACAAGAAUGAAAGAAACCUGGGCUCAGCAGGUUGAAAGCCACAGAAACUGGAUCCCAAAGCAAGGAAAAUGGGUCACGUGGAUGCUGCUCCUCUGAGGUUAACUGCUGUUAUAACCUGUUCUAGAAAUCAUCACUCAAGAUGGGAGGCUUGGAUUUGGCUCACCUUUGACAUCAUCACAACUCCUGCUUUGCCAUGUUCCACCAGCUUGUGUUCCCUGCUUGUUGGAAGCCUUGGAAAGAGAGAUGUUUUUGGUUUGAACUUGCUACUAGAAUUGUAAUCAGAAACAAAAAUUUUGUAUUUUUGUAUACCUUGAUUGUGCAGCAUUUUUAUAUACAGGUCCUGUUUUACAAAUAAAUUUCGUUUCUUAA